GGGACGCCCGGCCCCGCGCCUGCGCAGUGACGGAGAGCAGCGGCAGCGGCGUUGGCGCUGCGGGUUCCAGCUUGAAUCCUAUUUGGUGGAUAGACCUCCAAUGACACAGUAUGAUGGAAAAAUGCUUUGAAAGCCUUCGUCAGAUCUACAGUGAGUUGUUGGCUGGAGUGAAGCCCAGUAAAAGCAGCGAUGAGCUAGCAGUGUUCCUUUCUCCUGAUGUGUUUGAGAAAGAUUCAACCUUUUCUCUAGAAACCAAGAAUAGUAACCGUGUAUAUCAUUUCCAUGGAAGCUCAUUGCCUAUAGACUGUCAUGAAACGCAACUAGAUAAACAUUUAUCAACAAAUAGUGGUCAGAAUGAAAUCUUGUUACUUCAAAUGAAUAUGGUUCAGCUGAUGAAUUCUAAGCUGUAUUCAGAGAUACCAAGACAAGAUGUCAGAGAAACAUAUUUGAAGACUAUAAUGAUACUAUUGGAAGAUGUGGAAAUUAUACCUAAAUUGGCUCUCUUGUUUGGCUGCCAGGAUAACUUGUUGUCACAUAUGGCAAUGAAAUGUGUUGCAUCUUUGAUUCUGGUUCAGAUCAUACUCACGAAGCUAUCCAUUGAUAGUUGGAUGAACAGCUGCCUGGAUACUCUGUCAAAAGAGCCUGGAAGUCGACAAUCAGCUCAUUGGGUCCAAACAAUUACAGAAAUAGUUAAAGAAAUUUUAAAGGGAAAAUCUCAGGACAAGACAGGUACCUUACAGAAAUUCCUCAUCCCGGUGGACUCGACAUUCCAUAACUUGUAUUUCUUCACCUUUUCCUCGUGCUCUGGUGCCGGCCAAACAGAUGAAGAUUUUACAGGACCCAAUAUUGAGAGCAUUGCCACAAACAACCAGCUUGCAGUUGUACAAGUUCUUGAAGUUUUUGUUGCGAUUAGAAACCAGCUGGAACUAAACCUGUCUUGCUUAAGGACGUUAUACCUGCACGUCCCACUAAUACUGGAUUUUGUCACUUCCUCUGCUCAAUAUUUCAUAAAGAAAAGGCUGAUUUUGCUGCUCAAAAAAUGUAUUCUUGGCCAUGCAAUUGAUGAUGCCAGCAGUCCCUGCCAUGCAGUGUCUCAGCAAGAUAGGCACAUACAUAAUGACUUACUGGGAGUAGCUUACACGUUGGUGCAAGCUGUGAUGUCUGGAUGGUUAAGACGGAUUCCUGUGAGUCCCAGGCCAUGUUUCUUUGGAGGCAGUGAGAUACUUGACAUAGCAAGUUCUAUUCCUGGUCCAGACAUGGUGAUGCUGAGGGCUGUAAGUCUUAUUUUGAUCAAAGCCAUGGAAAUUAAUCUGAAGAAUACAAUGGGUGCAGUGAAAGAUAAAGGCUGCCUGAAGAAUGAACUCCAGUCUUGUGUGUCUCAACUGAUGCUGUUUCUGAGGAGGCAUCUCCAGAGCUCUGCACAGUUCCAGCAGCUGUCUCAUCCAUGUGCGUGGAUUUCCUUCAUCUUCUUGGAGCAGGAUGAUGAUCUAGUAGAGGUUGCCAAUGCAUUGCUAACCAUCUAUACACACUCCAAUGGAUUUUUGGACAGCCAUCCUAAGGAAAAGGCAGUAACCUCUCAAGAAGCUUGUGAACAGUGGUUCAAUCCCCAUUGCAUUUUCCUGCUGCUUUUACAGAAUUUAGCAUUUGAUCAUCGGGUCUUGCUGGACUUCCUGAUUUCCUCUGAAACUUGCUUCCUGGAGUACUUGGUGAAAUAUUUGAGGCUUCUUCGAAAGGACUGGCAGUCCUUCUGUCGCAUUUGUGCUCAGUUCGAUGCUGCUGCCGAAUCAUUUCGUCCACCUCCAGUUAAUGAAGCUUGCAACAACCAUCAUUUCACUGAUGAUGUCGAGCGAGACAAUCAAACUCUCAGUGAAGAUUCAAAAAAAGCAAUUGUAAGCCCUGAAAUACCACAGCCUCCCCCACCCAAAGAGAAGCCUAGGCCCACCCGCAACUCUGACCUUGUGAUGAGCAGUAGAAGGACCCAGCUACUCGGGCUGCCUCAAAGCCUAGUGGAUUACGACACCUCCGAGAACUCAGACAGUGAUGAAGGGGAACCCAAUAUUGCCAGCCUGGGAGGCAGUGAGGGAGAUUUUGAGAUGAGUAACACAGGAAUGACUGACAAGACAACGCAACACAAACCAGAAGCAAUCGGGAGCAUCAAAGGUGUAAAUUCAUACCGUUGUGAAAAUAAUCCAGAAUUGGAAUCAUCCUUGGAGGGCAUGGUCAAGAAAUCCAUGGGCUGUUUGAUUGAUUUGAGGAAAGCCAUUGGCCGAUUGCAGGGAAGGAAUCUGUUUCCAUACAAUGCAACACCGCUGCUAAAACUGCUGUUGGAUAUUGAGGCAUGCAGCAAAAAUGAUUCAAUCUCUACAUAACCACCAGUGAAGUAAAUAUCAUCACAAUCAGUUCACCCAACAGUCUUUAAACUCUGGGGGUGGAAAAGCCUGGAUUUCAUAUCAUGGAACUGUUCACUGGCAAUAAAUUUCUGUAAUAUUUGUGCUACAUUGUGUUGUUUUUCAUGUUAUCUG